AUCUUGCUAUUCUAUCUGGUAUUUUAUGGCUUCCUAGCAGCACUCUUCACCUUCACGAUGUGGGUUAUGCUUCAGACACUGAGCAGUGAUAUACCAAAAUACCGUGACCGGAUUUCUAGUCCAGGACUUAUGAUUUCGCCAAAGCCAGACACUGCAUUGGAAUUUUACUUUAACAAGAGUGACGCUCAGUCAUAUGCAGAAUAUGUUUCUACACUCAGAAAAUUCCUUGAAUCAUAUGAUGAUUCAAAGCAGUCCCAAAACAUAAACUGCACACCAGGAAGGAUUUUUGACCAGAAUGAUGUCGCUGUUAAAAAGGCAUGUCGGUUUAACCUCUCUGAACUUGGGCAGUGCUCUGGGAAAGAAGACAAGACCUUUGGCUACUCCAGAGGAACUCCCUGUGUGCUUGUGAAAGUGAACAGAAUAAUUGGAUUAAAGCCUGAAGGAGAACCACGUAUACAGUGUACACCUAAGGAAGAAGGCAUGGCUGAGAUAAAUUAUUUUCCUCCUGAAGGCUUGAUUGACCUAAUGUACUUCCCAUACUAUGGGAAAAGAUUACAUGCUCACUAUUUACAGCCUCUAGUGGCUGUUCAACUAGCAAUUAACUCCAACAGUACCAAAGAAGAAAUAACAAUUGAGUGUAAGAUCCUGGGCUCUCCUAACUUAAAAAAUGAAGAUGACCGUGACAAGUUUCUUGGACGAAUUGCCUUCAAAAUUCAGAUGACUGAAUAGCUGGGGUAAAAAAUUCUCCACAAAAUAAACAUUGUGUUGUCUGUUUUGUAUCAGCUGGACAUGCCAUUCUAGGGUAUGAGACCACCUUGGAGAAUGUUAGGGUGGUUUGUGGUGUUCAGGGUAGCAUAAUGAUAUGCUUCCAAAUUCUAAGUUUAAAAUCCCUCAAAAUAAAUGUCUAUCCUGCUUCUGCCUGCCCCCUUGGAACAGUGUACAGACUAUAGUUAUGUCAUAGGGACCUGUAAAUAGCUGUAUUCAAAUACAUAAUAAUGGUGACCUUUGUCCUGUUCUAAAACGUGGUUUAUUCCCCAGGUGGGUGUCUGAAGCUUCAUGUGCUGUGCUAUGUAAAUAUUGUACUGACUGAACACUGGCUGCACUGUCAGGUGCCAGCGCUGACACACUGCUAGGGAUAAAUAGAAACGGUACCUGGUUGA